AUGAAGACCCUUCUGGCUGGUUUGCUGCUUGGCCUUGCAUAUGUGGAGUUGGCCCAGUCCUUACGAUGCUACACGUGUAAAGAACCCACGGACAUUUCUCUGUGCAAAAACGUCACCCUGUGCCCCUUGAAAGCCAACGCAUGCACAACAACAAUGCUCUCCGUAGACACGGGCUACCCCUUUUUCGGCAACAUCACCGUGAUCAGAUCCUGCACAGAGAACUGCAUUGCCUCUAGUGGGAUAGGGGCCAACCGCCCCAUGUCGUGCUGCUACACUGACCUCUGCAAUGAUGACAGCUCCAGCAGCCCAGGGCUGAGGACCAGCUACACAGCACUGAGCAUCACAGCCCUGCUCCUCAUCAUGGUCUUCAAGCCCACUCUGUAA